AUGGCAGCUCUCAACCUCACCCCCUCUGACACUUCAACCUUCAUGCUAAUGGGAAUCCCUGGCCUGGAAGCUGCCCACAUCUGGAUUUCCAUUCCUUUCUCUAUGUUCUAUAUGAUCAGCCUGUUGGGAAAUUUCAUGGUUCUGUUUGUUGUAGGCAAAGAGCAGACCCUGCACCAGCCGAUGUACCUGCUGAUCUGCAUGCUGGCGCUCACAGACAUUGGAACAUCUACCUCCAUCGUGCCUAAGGCACUAUGUAUUUUUUGGCUCAAUCUGAAAGGCAUUACUGUGUGUGCCUGCCUCACCCAGAUGUUCUUACUUCACACGGUUACUGCUAUGCACUCUGCCAUCCUCGUGACAAUGGCCUUCGAUCGCUACAUUGCCAUAUGUAACCCUCUUAGAUAUGCCACUGUCCUCACCAAUGUACGAAUUGCUAAGCUAGGGCUAGUGGGUUUGAUAAGAGCCAUCCUCUUCGUUCUGCCCCUGCCCUUGCUCCUGACCAGGCUGCCAUUCUGUGCCAACCGCAUUAUCCUCCAUAAUCCGUUCUGUGAUCAUAUGGCUGUGUUGAAGCUGUCAUGUGGGGACACCACAUUCGACGGGAUUUAUGGCUUGGUGGUAUCAUUUAUAAUAAUCGGUUCAGACCUGAUGCUCAUUGCUCUGUCCUAUGGUCUGAUCAUUAGGGCUGUCCUCAGAAUCUCCUCCAAGACAGCCCAUCAGAAACCCCUCAACACCUGCACAGCCCACAUCUGUGUAAUACUGAUAUCUUAUACUCCCUUCCUAUUCACGGCUCUGACAUACCGGUUUGGUCAGGGCAUCGCUCCCCAUGUUCACAUCAUCUUGGCCGACCUCAACUUCCUUGUCCCUCCCAUGCUCAACCCUAUCAUUUAUGGGGUCAAAACCAAAGAGCUUCGUGACAAAGUGGGCAAAUACACCAGCAGAAGGUGA